CUCAACUCAAAUUGAGCUUUUUGGCAAUUCAGCUUUUCAAUCUUCCUCAUCCUUUAUCGAUAUUUGAGUGAGCAGCAUUGAUAGAAUUGAGGUCGUUGGGCCAGGUUGAGAAUGGAACUCCAUCAACUCCGCCUCCUUAUUGGGAUAGUGAUUACGGCAAUGAUGGAGAAAAUGACAAGUGGUGCGCUUCCAAAAUCCAUCGCGCUCCAAGACGGCCCAGCAGACAUAUUUGCACAAGAUGGUUCUUUUUUCUACCGCCAUGGCACCAGUGACGUCGUUUCUGGCUACGAACAAAGUCAACCCGCCUACAGUCCCGCCACGAAGAUCAUAGUCGAGCAAUCCACAGUCAACAACAAAUACGUGCACCUUCGAUUUUAUAUCAACAACAGAUACUGGAGUAGAGAUACACGAGACAACGCCAUCGUAGCCAUAUCGAAUCAGCCCAUAGAAGACACCACGGACCCAUCGUGCACGCUCUUCGAGCCCAACUUCCCAUCCCAGAAUGAGGUCAACUUCACUCACGUCCAGACCGGGUGGCGCGUGAUAGUGAAAGAAGUAGUAGUACUCGAUCGUCUCAGCUCCCGUCUGUACGUGGAAGAAAAUAGCAGCGGCACGAACCUAGGGUUUGUGGAUAGGGAGACGCUGAUUAUACUGCCUGAUCAUCCGAUAGCAUUCAUUCACGGGAAGUACCUCAAAGCUUACGACGUCAACGGGAAGCGGCUGCAGUUUGGAUCAGACAAAGCUACCGAUAAAGAAUCUCUGCACUCGCCGAGUAUGAUGUCUAACGGAAUGGUUGUUAUAUCUUCAACCUAUUUCGACUCCCUCUGGUGGGUGAAUACGUCCAAUGACUCUAACUGGAUCUACGGCGGCGACUACACAACACAGGUCUCUCCCCGCGCCGCUAUAUUCAAGGUGGUCAAAAUCGACGAAAUCGCCAUUGCACUUCUAAACCCCUCCGUCAACAAGUACUGCGUUCGAUCAACGGACAACUGCCUAGCUGCCACGAGCGACGACAUCACAUCAGAAGCGAUCAUCUUUGUGGAUGAGCUUGUCACGGAGAGGCAGAUUCUCAACUUGGCGUAUAUAUUAGCUGACCAAAGGAUAUAUGGGGAGACACCUUUUAUAGCAGGCACCACCACACUCACCAACGAGGAGGAUGUGGACCUAAUCAUGCCUGUGGAGAUCACCUAUACAGAUGAAAAGUCUUAUACUUUUAGCCGCGGGGGUGGUCGAUUGAAUGCCAAUGUGAAAAGCACCAUCUCUACAACGCCAUGGUUCAUUUCGACCGGAAGACUUGUCAUCCCUGGUGCUAUUAUUAUAAACGAGGCGUUUGAGUGGGACACCGCCGAUACUACUGAAACUGAAGUUACGGCUGUGGGCACGGUUUCUGUGCCCAAGAAUAGUACGGUCACAGUUAGUUAUGUUGGGACAAAGGGCAUCUGCAGUAUCCCUUUUACUUACACUAAAGCAGACAAGAGUGCUAUCGAUGGCCAAACUACGUAUCAAAAUCGUAUCCGAGGUGGUAUAUACGAGGGAGUCAGCUAUUACAACUUCAGCUUUCAAGUCGUCAACAACUAACUCUCU